AUGUUGAUGAAUCUCAUCUCCAAGGGUAACAUAUUUGGAUCAGUACAGUGCUUCAUGUACACCAUCGAAUGGCAGAAACGUGGGUUGCCUCAUGCCCAUAUUUUGGUUUGGCUGAGAGAAAAGAUUCAUGCUCAGCGCGUAGAUGAAUUCAUCUCUUCUGAGUUUCCUAAUCCUCAAGAAGAUCCAGGUCUCUUCAACUGCAUAAGAACACAAAUGGUUCACGGGCCUUGUGGAGUCAUCAAUCUAAAUUCACCGUGCAUGAAGAAUGGUAAAUGCAGCAAAAGGUAUCCAAGAAAAUUAGUAAAAGAAACUCAAACUGGAGUUGACGGAUAUCCGUUGUAUCGUCGACGUAGUCCAGAAGAUGGGGGAUUCACUACUCAACUCGCCGUCAAAGGCAAGGAUGUCUUAAUUGAUAACAAAUGGAUUGUUCCUUACUGCCCACUACUUUCAAAAAUAUUUAAUGGCCACAUCAACGUUGAAUUUUGCAAUUCCAUCAAAUAUGUAUGUAAAUAUGUAAACAAAGGAUCUGAUAUGGCAGUAUUCCAUGUCAAUUCCACUUCAAAUCAACAGAAUGAAGUGAGAGAAUACCAAGUUGGAAGAUACAUCAGUAGUAAUGAAGCUGCAUGGCGCAUUCUCAACUUUCCCAUACAUGAACGUCACCCCACCGUUAUCCACUUGAGUGUGCACCUUGAAAAUGGCCAGAGAGUAUACUUCACAGCUGCAAAUGCUGCAGAAUGGGCACAGAUGACUCAAGAGACCACAUUGACAUCUUUUUUCCGACUUUGUCAAGAAGAUGAUUUUGCAAGCACUCUUUUGUACAAUGAAGUUCCCAAGUACUUUACGUGGAAUAAUAGCUCUAAGAAGUGGAGUCGUCGCAAAGUUGGCCAUGAAGUGCCAAACCACCCUGGAUUGAAAUGCAGCGAUGCACUUGGCAGAGUUUUCUCCAUUCAUCCAAACAACUCUGAGUGUUUCCACCUUAGACUUCUCUUGCACGAAGUUAGGGGUCCUGUCUCCUUUAUAGCAUUGGAGACAGUGGAAAGAUAUGUGUGUGCAACUUUUAAAGAGGCAUGUCAACUUAAAGGACUUCUUGAAGAUGACAAUCACUGGAAUGCAACACUGGAAGAAGCUGCUCUGACUCGGUCACCCGUAAUGCUUAGAAAUCUAUUCGUUGUGAUACUCCAAACUUGUGACUUAUCAAAUCCCCUCCACUUAUGGCUUAAUUUUAGAGAACACCUUUCUGAAGACAUACUGCACCAGAGAAGAAUUUCCUCUAACAAUAUGGAAAUACAAUUUGAUGACAGCAUUUUUAACAACGCGUUGAUCAUUGUAGAAGACAAGAUGAAAUCAUCUGGUGGUUUAGGAUUGCAGCCUGUUGGGUUACCUUCAGCAGAUAGAAGUCGUGAAACAAGCGACCAUGUAGAAAAAGUUUAUAAUACUGAGCUUCUUCGGAUAUUAUUACAGGAGAAUAAACCCAAAUUGAUCCCAAACCAAAAAGAAGCUUACACUGUUUUCCGCUGGCACAAGGACUUCCGGAGCAGUCGGGAGAGCACAGAUGACAUGGAGAGGGUUGGUCACCCUGUCACAACAACCACCGAAGAAAGUGUGGCAAAAGUGAAGUAUCUUCUCGAAAGAGAUCAUCGUUUAAGUUUAAGGAUAAUAUCGGAAGAACUUAACAGGAACCACAUGUCACUGUAA